UUUUUUUUUUUCUUGCCCAGGCGCUGUUUUCGUCUCCUGGAUGAUGAGGUGCGUAUUCAGAGGCGCCACCGCACCGGGCUGAGGAGGAGGCAGAGCAGACAUACAACAGAGCUUACUCUCCGAGACAUCCACAGGAGCCGCCGACAACCAUGAAGACCAACCGCAGGUCGAGGAGUAGAGAUUCACCCGCAGGCGAGACGACCGAGUGAAGAGGCGGCAUGGCGGGGGGUCGGAGGGGACUUGUGGCCCCGCAGAAUACUUUUUUGGAGAAUAUCGUCAGACGGUCGAACGUUUGGACACUGUCACAUAAACAGACAGACACCAACUUUGUCCUGGGGAACGCCCAGAUAGUAGACUGGCCCAUCGUCUACAGCAAUGAUGGUUUCUGCAAGUUGUCGGGGUACCACAGAGCAGAAGUGAUGCAGAAAAGCAGCACCUGCAGCUUCAUGUACGGGGAGCUCACGGACAAGGACACAACGGAAAAAGUGCGGCUAACAUUCGAGAAUUACGAGAUGAACUCGUUUGAAAUACUGAUGUAUAAGAAAAACAGGACGCCGGUUUGGUUUUUUGUGAAGAUCGCUCCCAUUCGAAACGAGCAAGAGAAAGUGGUCCUGUUUCUUUGCACGUUCAGUGACAUCACCGCCUUCAAACAGCCCAUCGAAGACGAUUCCUCCAAAGGCUGGGGGAAGUUUGCUCGACUGACUCGAGCUCUAACGAGCAGCAGAGGAGUCUUACAACAGCUGCAGCCCACAGUUCACAAGGGAGAGAAUGUCCACAAGCACUCCCGCUUAGCUGAGGUACUGCAGCUCGGCUCAGAUAUCCUACCUCAAUACAAACAGGAGACUCCCAAAACCCCUCCGCACAUCAUCCUGCACUACUGCCUCUUCAAGACCACGUGGGACUGGGUGAUCCUCAUCCUCACCUUCUACACCGCCAUCAUGGUGCCCUACAACGUCUCCUUCAAGAUGAAGCAGAACAACGUGACGUGGCUGGUGGUGGACAGCAUCGUGGACGUCAUCUUCCUGGUGGACAUCGUUUUGAACUUCCACACCACGUUCGUCGGACCCGCCGGCGAGGUCAUCUCGGACCCCAAGCUGAUCCGGAUGAACUACCUGAAGACCUGGUUUGUUAUCGACCUGCUGUCCUGCCUGCCGUACGACGUCAUCAACGCCUUCGAGAAUGUGGAUGAGGGGAUCAGUAGUCUGUUCAGCUCACUUAAGGUGGUCCGGCUUCUCCGUCUGGGUCGGGUUGCCCGCAAACUGGAUCACUACAUUGAGUACGGGGCGGCUGUACUGGUCCUGCUGGUGUGUGUUUUUGGACUGGCUGCCCACUGGCUGGCAUGCAGUUGGUUCAGCAUCGGCGACUACGAGGUCAUCGAUGAAGAAACCAACAUCGUGCGCACGGACAGCUGGCUCUUACAUCCUGGCGGAGACGGUGUGGGCACGCCGUACCGCUUCAACACCAGCGCUGGGAAGUGGGAGGGCGGACCGAACAAAGACUCGGUCUACAUCACCUCGCUGUACUUCACCAUGACCAGCCUGACGAGCAUCGGCUUCGGGAACACGCCCCGACCACGGACGGAUGAGAAAAUCUUCGCGGUGGCCAUGCUGAUGAUUGGAUCUCUGCUUUACGCCACCAUCUUUGGUAACGUGACGACAAUCUUCCAGCAGAUGUACGCCAACACCAAUCGUUACCACGAGAUGAUCAACAGCGUCCGGGACUUCCUGAAGCUCUACCAGGUGCCGAAGGGCCUGAGUGAGCGAGUCAUGGACUACAUCGCCUCCACCUGGUCCAUGUCACGGGGAAUAGACACUGAAAAGGUGUUGCAGAUUUGUCCGAAGGACAUGAGAGCAGAUAUUUGCGUUCAUCUCAACCGGAAGGUGUUCAAAGAGCACCCGGCCUUCCGGCUGGCCAGCGACGGGUGUCUCAGAGCGCUGGCCAUGGAGUUUCAGACCAUCCACUGCGCCCCCGGCGACCUGAUCUACCACGCCGGGGAGAGUGUGGACAGCCUCUGUUUCGUGGUGUCGGGAUCACUGGAGGUCAUCCAGGACGACGAGGUGGUGGCCAUUUUAGGUAAGGGAGACGUAUUUGGGGAUGUUUUCUGGAAAGAAGUGACUCUCGCUCAAGCCUGCGCUAACGUCCGAGCUCUGACCUACUGCGACCUCCACGUCAUUAAACGAGACGCCCUACAGAAGGUGCUGGAGUUCUACACGGCGUUUUCCAACCACUUCUCCAGGAAUCUGCUGCUCACCUACAACCUGCGAAAAAGGAUCGUCUUCCGAAAGAUCAGCGACGUGAAACGAGAGGAAGAGGAGCGGCAGAGACGUAAAAACGAGGCUCCUCUCAACUUGCCGCCGGAUCACCCGGUACGGAAACUCUUCCAGCGCUUCCGACAGCAGAAGGAAAGCCGCCUGGUGCCCGGAAAGCCAGAACUAGAUGACGACAUCGAGAAGGGCCCGGUGUACGUGGACAUCCCCACAGCUAAAGCAGCCGUCACAGCUACCAGCAUCGUCACGGUGACGGAAAGCCCUGCAACACCCUCCCCUGCAACGCCUUCGUCUUCGACACCCCCCAACUGUGCUCCCUCAGACAAGUUGAAGCUGAAGGUACCAGCACCCGUUUCUCUGAUAGGGGGCCGCGCUAAUGAACCGGUCAAGGUCAAAGGCUGGGGUCUCUUCAAGGAGUCCGUGGCCAAAGCCGACAACUGGAACAAAGUGUCCAAAGCCGAAUCCAUGGAGACUUUACCUGAACGGACCAAGGCGCACGAGUCCCAGACGUCUCUCAAGAAGACGGACUCGUGUGACAGCGGCAUCACCAAAAGCGACCUGCGCCUGGACAAAGUGGGCGAGUUCCGCUUGACGCCCCAGGACCGCAGUCCCGUCCAGCCGCCGGAGACCCGGCACCCCUUCUACCCCAUCCCGGAGCAGACGCUCCAGGCGUCGCUCCAGGAGCUCAAGCUGGAGCUGAAGGACGACCUCAAGAGCCUGGACGUCCGAAUGUCCGGUCUGGAGGCGCAACUCACAGAGGCACUUCAACUCCUCAAAGCGAGGAGAUCAAGUGUCGGCUCUCCGCAGCCACUCUUUGACCUUUCUAGACCGGCGUCACCAGAGCUGGACAAAGAGGACAUCUUCUCCUGAGGGGUGUGAAAGGUUAACUAAUCAGGUUAACUGUGCACUCAGCUGGAAUCCAGUAAUAUUCAGAUUACCUGGAUAGCUGAGGCUGCAUCGGGCACACCUUUUUAAGAUUGGGCAACAGCGUGGUCUUCAAAGACGCACCGGCCUGUAUCGCGGGGGUGUGCCCACCCAUCAAAAAGGGAACGUAGCGGUCGUAGCCCAGAUCCUGUUGUCGUAACACUGAACGCUCGGAGGUUACGAAAAAAACCACUGACAGCUCUAUGUUUGUACAGAUGUUUGAUUUAUUUUUCCAUCGCACUUUAAUGGGAAAAAAAAUAGCUCGAGCGGUUAGAUUUUUAUCUCGAUUUCAGAGAACGGGAGAACAUAGUUGUAUCUCUGUUGGGAAGAGAAUAGAAACAGCAUGACCCCACUGGUUCGUGGUGAAUCGUUUGUAUGAGAUUCUUUGCA